CGAACCAACCGCGCCGCAACCACACCUGCACAAGAACGGCCCCGAAAAGAGAACGGCCCGAACAAAAAUAGUCUUUCCAUCCCGUUGUCUUGUCCGUUCCUUGGUUUCGUCGCCGCCAGCCCCCCGGCGAUCUCCGCGACCGCGACCCGCCGCCGCCGCAGAUCUCGCCGAGGAAGCCGCGCUCGGUUUCCCCGACCCGUCGGGACGUCCGCGCCUAUAAAACGCGGCCCUCCGCUCCCGGCUCGAGCUCCCCGAGGCCGAGGCGCUCUUCUCCCGCCCCGCCCCGCCCCGCCCAUAAUGGCCGCGUGCACGUCUCAGCAGGCGCUCAUCUCCGUCAAACCUCGGUGCGCUUCCGCCAGCUUCGGCCCCGACAGGAGGGCCGGCAGUGUGCGCUUUGUUUCAGCAACGAGCUGCUGCCCCGGCAGCCGGAAACUGGGCUUGGUCUGCGCGUCGAAUUCGCAAUCUUCGGUGAUUGAGCCGGCUAAGCUACCGUCCAGCCCCGAAAGCGGCAGCAAUCCCAAAAAAUCAAGUGAGGCUGCACUGAUAUUGAUUCGGCACGGGGAAUCAUUGUGGAACGAGAAAAAUCUGUUUACUGGCUGCGUCGAUGUGCCCCUGACCCCCAAGGGUGUCAAUGAGGCGAUCGAGGCGGGUAAAAGGAUAUGCAAUAUCCCAGUUGAUGUUAUAUACACCUCAUCACUAAUCCGUGCUCAGAUGACCGCCAUGCUUGCCAUGAUGCAGCAUCGUCGUAAGAAGGUUCCAAUUAUUGUGCACAAGGAGAGCGAACGGGCACACCAGUGGAGUCAGGUAUACAGCGAGGAGACAAAGAAGCAGUCCAUUCCUGUAAUAACAGCUUGGCAGUUGAAUGAACGAAUGUAUGGUGAACUGCAAGGUCUUAACAAGCAAGAAACGGCUGAUCUGUUUGGCAAAGAGCAAGUUCAUGAAUGGCGUCGUAGUUAUGACAUUCCUCCCCCAAAUGGAGAGAGCCUAGAGAUGUGUGCAGAGAGAGCAGUUUCUUAUUUCAAAGAGCAAAUUAUACCUCAGCUUGUGUCUGGAAAGCAUGUUAUGAUUGCUGCCCAUGGGAAUUCACUCCGUUCAAUUAUAAUGCAUCUGGACAAGUUGACUUCUCAAGAGGUAAUAAGCCUUGAGUUGUCGACCGGCAUUCCUAUGCUGUAUAUAUUUAAGGAAGGGAAAUUUAUCAGGCGGGGCAGUCCCGCAGGACCUUCUGAGGCAGGCGUCUAUGCUUAUACAAAGAGUUUGGCCAAGUAUAGACAGAAGCUUGACGGCAUGGAUCAGUAAGACGGUAACCACUGCUUUAUUUUGCAGCGGUGGUCGACUCGAGGCACCCUCACUCGUCGAACAUGCAUUUCUCCCACCAAAGAAGUGGGUUAACUUCACAUACUAUUGAGCACUAGUAACCUUGAGAUGUAAGGAGUUUGCUGCAGUUUGUAGCUUCUCCUCUGCUUCUUUUGAAGCCAUUGCAGCUUGUAACAGGAAAAUGUAGGGAAAGUAUAGGCUGCGGCCUGAAAGAUUAAAUGGGGAUAAAAUUCUGGUCAGCAGUAUGUUCCACUCCUUUUGUUCCCCACAUUCUAUAGAUGCGACUUUACGACAA